AUGCACGAGAACGUGCAGAACUCACUCUCGUCCGCUCGCGAUGAGUGGCGGAGCAAGCGGCAAAGAGAAGAGGCGAAUGAAAAAGACGCAGAGGCCCCCUGUGCUGUCGAGGGCUCUGCUCUCCUCCCCGGGAGAGAGAGAAAGAAGUUCCAUGUGAGCAGAAAAGAGAGUGAAGGUGACAGGGCCCUGAACAUUCUGAACGGCUUCCGUUUCCCGCCUCACGCUGAGCAGGUGAACACACGGCGCUCCCUUUCGCCGUCUGUCCUAACUUCUUCCUCUCCUACGUCGACGUUUCCAUCCUCCUCUCUCUUCGCUCAUGACAUGCCGGCUUCUUCUCCGUCGUCUGUUUCUCUCCUCUCCCGUGAAGUUUCGGCCUCCUCUCCUCCCUUCUCGUGUUCACUUUGCGAGCCGCCACACUUCCAUUUUCAGUCUGGCUCAGCGCCAGCGUUCGAUGUCUUUCCGCCUACAACGAGACCCCGGUCAGCAGAAGCAGGCGGCGAAUCUUGCUUUGCGAGAAGCGACGAAAGCUGCUGGGACUCUCUCAAAGAGCAGCAGGCGCAGGCGGAGCUAGAAGAAGAUGAGGCCGGCAGGCUGGGUGGAGAGCAUCAUGGAGGAAGCGAGGACGACAGCGAGGAAGAGGGCCGCGGGGACGCAAAGCUGGGGGCAAAGGAAACAGACAACCAGCGAGAAACAGAGCGAGACACCGAUGAAGAGACGCUGUUUGAGUUCGAUGAAGACGACCCUUGGCUUCUGCUUUAUGAGUAUCGGCGCCACGACGCGGAAGAAUGUCCCGCGUCUGCUGCCGGCGCUUUGGGCGUGCCAGAAACGAACGUCAUCCUCGCCGAAGCCGAGCUUUCCGCGGCUUUGAAGGAAGCUGUUACAGACACCAUGGCGAAGCGAAUUCUCUACUCAGACAAAUACCAAGACUCCGCCUACGAAUACCGAGCUGUUACUCUGCCGCUGCAGCAUCCGUUUCUGUCUCGCGGCGUCGCCCCGCUCGGCGAAACGAUUCGAAGAGAACGGCGAUGCAUGUCUGAGGAAGUGUGGAGAGCUCUAGGGAUCAGAAUGAGCUGCGGUUGGGAUCACCGAGGCUGGAGCGCCUACGAGCCAAACGUGCUCUUCUUUGCCAGGCCGAAGACGACAGACCCUGCGACAGGCAUUCCCUCGCCAGCAGCGGCUUUCGCCGCACGGCGCCAUGACUGCAUACGCAACGCCUUAGUCAGGGAGAUGGCCAGGGGAAUGAAACUCGCGGCUACGGCUGUUCAGUCUGCCCGCCUGGCGAAGCAAGACUGUCAUCUGAUGCGUCACGCAGACGAGGAAGAGUCCGAAGUGCCGUGUUUCACUCAACUCCCCCAAGGCUACCGAGGAUGGACUGCUGACUAUGUGGAAGCCUUUCCGACAGCAACCUUCUAUGCGUUCAUUUGA